ACGUCUGGCUGGAGACAAAGAUGGCGGUGCGGAAGAAAGACGGCGGGCCGAAUGUGAAGUAUUUCGAAGCCUCAGACACCGUGUCUCAGUUCGACAAUGUCCGCGUCUGGCUGGGCAAGAAUUACAAAAAGUAUAUUCAGGCAGAGCCUCCAACCAAUAAAUCUCUCUCCAGUUUGGUGGUUCAGCUGCUGCAGUUUCAGGAGGAAGUGUUUGGUCGCCAUGUCAGCAACCCUCCUCUCACCAAACUACCGAUAAAGAGUUUCCUGGACUUUAAGGCUGGAGGAGCGCUGUGUCACAUCCUCGCUGCUGCUUACAAGUUCAAGAGCGACCAAGGCUGGAGGAGAUUUGAUUUCCAAAACCCUUCCAGAAUGGAUCGGAAUGUUGAGAUGUUUAUGACGAUAGAGAAGUCUCUGGUCCAGAACAACUGUCUGACUCGGCCUGUGAUUUACCUGAGCUCAGAGAUUGAACCCAAACUUCUGGGAAAACUGAAGGACAUCAUUAAACGACACCAGGGCUCGGUAACAGAUGAUAAACAGACCAGUUCUCAUGUGGUGGUUCCGAUCCCCGCCAGUCUGGAGGAAGAGGAGUGGGUCCGUCCCGUGAUGAAGCGAGAUAAGCAGAUGCUGCUGCACUGGGGUUACUGGCCCGACAGUUAUGAUACGUGGAUCUCAGCCAGUGAGGUGGAGGCUGUAGUAGAGGAUCCGCCCAGCGCAGAGAAACCCAGAAAGGUUCAUGCUAAGUGGAUCCUGGAUCUGGACCAGUAUAACGAGUGGAUGAAUGAGGAAGACUAUGAGGUGGGUGAAGGGGGCACGAGGAGGAAACGGAUCUCGGCUAAGACUCUGACAGACGAGGUGAGCACUCCGGACGAGAGGAGAGAUAAGAAACCCGGCAACGCCAAGAAACGCAAACGCUCCCCCUCCCCCUCCCCGACUCCGCCCCCUCAGGAGAGCAAGAAGAAGAACACCAAGAAAGGACCCACUACACCCUACAAUAAGUCAAAGCGAGGUCAGAGGGAGGAGGAGCAGGAGGAUUUGACUAAAGACCUGGAUGAGCCAUCACCUGUACCUGCAGCAGAGGAGUCACUCAAUAAAACAGUGACUAAAAAGGACUCUGACUCGACUCCAGUGAAGGGAGGGGCUGAUGGAGAUGAACAGGAGGAUGAGGCGAUGGAGACGGUGGGAAAGGAGGAGGAUGAAGGUUCUGCCAGUGUGAAGGGAGAGCCGGUGAAAGGUUCUGAUCUGCACGAGGACAAUGUGACCGAACAGACACACCAUAUAAUCAUUCCCAGCUACGCAGCAUGGUUCGACUACAACAGUGUACACGCUAUCGAGCGCAGAGCUCUGCCUGAGUUCUUCAAUGGAAAGAACAAAUCUAAGACCCCUGAGAUUUAUCUCGCCUACAGGAACUUUAUGAUCGAUACAUAUCGGCUGAACCCACAGGAGUAUUUGACCUCUACAGCUUGCAGAAGAAACCUCGCAGGAGACGUCUGUGCGAUCAUGAGGGUCCAUGCAUUUCUGGAACAGUGGGGUUUGAUUAAUUAUCAGGUGGAUUCUGAGAGCCGUCCCACCCCCAUGGGGCCGCCGCCCACAUCUCACUUCCACGUCCUGGCAGACACGCCCUCCAGCCUCGUACCUCUGCAGCCAAAGGCCUCUCAGACCCCGGCCUCACAGCCCAUCAUGUCGUUCCCAGACAAAGUGAAGGAGAAACCGACAGAUCUGCAGAACUUUGGGCUGAGGACAGACAUGUACAGCAAGAAGAGCGGCCCGUCUAAGGGUAAAAACGCUGCGAGUGCCACACGGGAGUGGACUGAACAGGAAACUCUGCUGCUGCUGGAGGGUCUGGAGAUGUAUAAGGAUGACUGGAACAAGGUGUCGGAGCACGUGGGCAGCCGCACGCAGGACGAGUGCAUCCUUCACUUCCUGCGCUUGCCGAUCGAGGACCCGUACCUGGAGGACGGCGCAACGUCUCUCGGGCCGCUGGCGUACCAGCCGGUUCCGUUCAGCCAGGCGGGGAACCCGGUCAUGAGCACCGUGGCCUUCCUGGCUUCAGUCGUCGACCCGCGAGUGGCCUCGGCUGCAGCCAAGUCUGCUCUAGAGGAGUUCUCCCGGAUGAAGGAAGAGGUACCAGCGGCUCUGGUGGAAGCUCACGUGAGACGCGUGGAGGAAGCAGCCCGGGUAAGCGGCAGACCAGAUCCACUGUACGGCCUGGAGGGCAGCGGCAUCGCCGGAACUGGUCUGGAGGAUACAGAUAAGCCUGCUGAGGAAAACAGUGACGAAAGCAAGAGCAGUGACGCUCAAAACACAGAGGACAAGAGAGACAACAGCAAGGAGGGUAAAGAUGGAGCGAGUGAAGAGGAGGACAAGCAGAGUGAGAAUGGCAAGAAAGAAGAAGUCGGUAAAGAAGGAGAGACAGAACGCGAGGGAGAGAAGACGGACUCAGACGCAGGUGAUUUAGAGAAGGAGAAGGAAGGAAAAGAAGGGUCGGAGGACGGACAGAGGGAAGGAGAGAGUGAUGGAGAGAGGAAGGCGAAGGUGGAGAGAGAUGUUGGUGAGGGGAAUCUGGCCACUGCAGCUGCUUCUGCUCUCGCUGCUGCUGCUGUUAAAGCCAAGCACCUGGCUGCAGUGGAGGAGAGGAAGAUCAAGUCUUUAGUGGCUCUGCUGGUGGAGACUCAGAUGAAGAAGCUGGAGAUCAAACUGAGGCACUUUGAGGAGCUGGAGACCAUCAUGGACAGAGAGAGGGAAGCGUUGGAGUACCAGAGGCAGCAGCUCUUGGCUGAUCGUCAGGCGUUCCACAUGGAGCAGCUGAAGUAUGCGGAGAUGAGAGCGCGUCAGCAGCACUUCCAGCAAAUACAGCACCAGCACCAUAGCAACCAACCCAGCAACCAGCCUAGCAACGCCCCGCCCAUUCCCCAUCAAGCGGCUCAGAGCGCCAGUGCCCCGCCUCCUGCGCCCAGUCUCACCCCGGCCGCUCCCGCCAACGUUCCUGGGGAAGCUCCGCCCACCUCUGCCUCUCAUGGCUCCUCCCCCAACAACACACAGCCUGGAGCGGUGCAUGACUCCACCACGGCACUAACAGCGGAUUCCCUCCAUCCCUCUGGCCCGGUGACCCCUGCACAGUGAACACACACACACACACACACACACACACACGGGGGUUUAAGUAAUAAAAUGAGAGGGAUGAUGGGUUUUAGUUUUUUGGGAGACUUUUGGUCUUUUAAACGUUUACUUUGAAGUGUUCAGACACAGAUCUGAGCUCUACACUCUAACACUAUACGCUCUGUACCUAUACUCUGUACCACCAGACCAGUGUUACGUGUGGCUUUGUGUCUGAUCUAUAGUCCAGUCUUUUAACCUUCAGAACCCUGGAGAUGUUCCUCCACCUCCUCACUGUAGCCGUUUCAGCUCCUCACAGAAGAAUUAAUAAAAAAAAUAAUAAGCUGCACUUUUUAAAACUUUUCCCGUUUUUUUCCCGGUUUGGAGAUGAGAAGGAUGGAGUCAGGUCUGAACCAGAAGCACUUAAAGCUUAUUUUAAUAAAAGUCUCCCGGGGUUUUGUACUGACUGGGUAAAAAGUGUUUGAUUAGGCCAGACUGUGUGUGCAGGUGUUUGUGCGAGUGUCGGGACGAGGGCGGAGCUCCAGGGCUCCAGCUGUUGGGAUUCACUCGAUUUUUUUACAUUUUAUUUUGAGUAUUUUUAUGUACGAAUAACUGCAUGAUUAAUGACUGAUGGACAGAACAGUGUUAACGCCUGAACGUUUCUUCAUUGACUGUAAAUGAACAUUGUGUACUGUAAAACUUCAGAACCGUUCCACUGCAAGUACCGGUGACAUCACCUCCUCUUUGCUUCAUCACUUCAUCACUUCUUUUCUUAUAACUUUCUUUCUUUUGCCUUCUUCUAAACCUCGUGUUUGUUUGUCCCUGUACCCCCCAAACACACA